AUGCCCAGGAGAAGGCAGAGAAGCAGUCGAGGGUCUUCCUCUCGUCGCUCCCGCACCUCCAGAGCGGGGCUGACAUUCUCUGUGAGCCUGGUGGAGCACCAUCUUCGGGAGGGCGGCUACGGACGGAGACUGAGCGAGAGUGUUUCUGUCUACCUGACUGCCAUCUUGGAGUUCCUGGCCCGCAGUCUGCUGGAUCUGGCAAGCAAUGAGGUCCAACGCCAAGACAACGAGAGGCUCAUCACACCGGAGCUGCUGGAUCUGGCUAUCUACAAUGAUGCACUCCUGAGUGAGCUGUUUCAGUUCAUCACCAUCUCCCACGUGACUCCAGGUCAAAGAAGUGGCCGUAGUCGUCUUCACUAG